AUGCUUUGGUGGAAUAAUACUAAAGAGACUGAAGAAAUAGAGAAAGAAUUACCCGAAGAUUUGAAAGAAUUCUUCAAAGAUAAUAACCCUGAUAGUAAACAAGCUAAUAAAUAUGAAAUAUCACCUCAUGAAAAAUUAGUCAAUAAGAAAUUAUCAUCAAUAAAAGAACCUUACAGUUAUGAAUUUGAAGUUUACAAGAAGAAAAAUGACCUUAGAAAUGUUUCAAUGAUAAAUUGCAGUGAAUUACAAUUGAAAGUGAUUGACUGUUUCAAGAAAAUGGACUUUUCAAACCUCGAUGGCUGUCAAAAACAAGUCAAACAAAAUAAGAAAUGUAUGGAAAUUCAAAAGGAUGCUUUCAAGAAGUUAUAUUAUGAAGAUUGUUAUAAUAUCACUCAUUGUGAUAAGAUACGAUUUUUAGUUGAUCACUUAUUCACGAAGAAUUUUGGCCAGUAUGGUGAAAAGAUGGAUGAUGAAAAUCUAAUCAAAUUUAAUAAUGAUUUAGAUAAGAGCUUUACAAAGAUUUGGAAAUAA